AGUACUGUGGCUCUUUUGACCUUGCAAAUACGAAUGAGUCAGUUUGCAAAUACGUUCAAAAAGUCACGUCCUUCUAAUAAACACUAAAAUCAAUAUUUUAACUUGAAAAUGCCCCUGUUAUUGACAAAUGGGGCCUCAUUUGAAACUGCCCUCAAAAAUCCUUUAAGUGUGAUACAUUUUGCUGCAGACUGGGUAGAACAGUGUGCACAAGUAAAUGACCUUUUAGAUGCGCUAUCAAAAGAAAUAGAUUAUUCAGGUGUUAAAUUUUGUACAUGCCCAGCCGAAGAUAUACCGGAAAUCUCGUUAAAGUAUCAAAUAGAAGCGGUACCCACGAUUUUAUUAUUUCGAAAUGGACAAGAAAUUGAUCGUGUGAAUGGAGCCGAUGCCGCCAAAAUAACUGCUAAAGUUAAAGAACAUUGCCGGACUGAAUCUAGUGUAGGAAAAGUAAAUGAAAAAGAACCCUUAGAAGCACGUCUUAAGCAGUUAAUUAAUAAACAUAAAGUAAUGCUUUUUAUGAAAGGUGAUCGUAAUGCGCCGAGAUGUGGAUUUAGUAAACAAAUUAUUGCAAUUUUAAACGACACAGGGGUUAGUUAUGAUACCUUUGAUAUACUGACUGAUGAAGAUGUUCGUCAGGGAUUGAAAACCUACUCUGAUUGGCCUACAUAUCCUCAACUUUAUGUAACGGGGGAACUUGUGGGAGGAUUAGAUAUCGUUAAAGAAAUGUUGGCCGCAGGUGAUUUGGUGUCUACCUUGCAAGGAUAAGAUUUAUAAUUAUGGACAGAUUUGUCAAUCAUUGCUAAUGCAGAUUAAGGUGCUUUAAGUGCACUUGUGUUGUAACUACAAAUUUAUGACAAAUGAAAUGUUAUUUAUUUAUUUACUUUUGUAUAAAAAAAUAAUCAUUUACUUUCAUUUUUGCUCUUACGAUUUAUGUAAUUGAUGCUGUGUGUAUAUUAUUCAUUUACACUUUUAAUGUUUCAAGUUACAAUGACUUAAAAUUAAUUCUCAAUAAAGGGAUUCUUGCCUUAUCUAAA